AUGCAAGCCCCAUCUCAUGGAUUUAAUCCGCUUCAAUCACCAAAGAUUCAAUCAAAUGAAUCGAAAAGAGCUGGUGUUGAUGCAACUGAUAGUGAUAAAGGUACACCUUAUGCAGUCCCCGAUUCACAAUUUCCUUUAUUCUCAUCUGAAAUAGGGUCUAACGAUAUUAUUCUCAAUCAAACACCAGAGAUGGGCAACAAAUCAGAUGAAGACCAUAGCAAGCGAACAGUAUGGAUAAUAGCAGAUGAUAAGCUCCUUGCAGCAGCUUACACAAUUAUGAGUGAAGAUUCAAUAGUUGGUAAUGCCCAGAAGAGUGAGUCAUUUUGGAAACGAGUUGUGGCAUACUUCAAUACCAAUCGAGCUAAGGGAGCUAAAAAGAGAACUGCGAAGAAAGCAAAAUCACAUUGGGCUUCAUUGAAAAAGAUCGUAAAUAGAUACAAUGGAAUCUACAAUAAAUGGUAUAAUGAUCGACCAAGCGGAUGGAGUGAUGAGGAUUUGAUGGUGCGAGCUUAUGAAGAAUACAAGAGUACUUUUAAAACUACUUUCCAAUAUGAGCAUGUGUGGAGAAUCGUGAAAGAUAGCCCUUUGUAUGCUCCUCAAUCCUCAGAGUGA